CCGGAAAGCCAAUAACCACCGGAACGCAAUUGAUUCUUCGCUGCCAGGAAGGGUUCACACCGGUCGGUGACAUGACGCUUCAGUGUUUGCACAAUCAACAGUGGUCCACUGUCAAGGGCCAUUGCAAGAGAGUGCACUGCAGUCAUCCAGUUGCUAAAGGAACAGCUUCUGUGGUCGUCAUCAGUGGAGAGGCUGAUGCUGGAAGUGGACAGUACCACUUCGGGGAUCGACUUCUUGUUAGCUGCAAACAUGGUCGCCAUCUAAAUGGAAGUAGUGCCAUAUUAGUUUGCCAGGCAGACGGCCAAUGGACAGGUCAGCCUCCGGUUUGCGAAUCUCAAUGCGAUACGGUUUGUCUAAAUGGAGGCUUCUGCAAUUCCAACAAUCGUAAAUGUACUUGUCAGCCUGGAUACAGCGGGGACCGUUGUCAACACGGUAUUUAAACCAUUUUGUUUUUA